CUUAACCUUCUCUCGUUUCGCAUUUCAUCGGCGUUUCUCUCUCGAGCGUUUCGUUUCUUCCAAGCCAUCGUCAGCUAAGUUUUCCUUCUUCUUCUCUCUUUCAUUUCUCCCUCUUUCCCUCUCUCCGUCUCUCUCUCUCUUGUUCGUUCAAGGUUUCGAGUUUUUUAUUUCUCUUCGGUUUUGAUCGAUCUGGUAGUCUGAAUUCUGAAUCUACUGAUUUGAGCUUAAUCCUAGGUUUGCGAGUUCGUUUAUUUGUUGAUUCCCGUUUUUAGUCCUUGUUUUUGCUAUCCGAUUGAGGGUAUCGGUAUACGGAUUGUAUAAACGUACCAAUGAUCUUAAAUUUUCUAUGAGUUACGCAAUCUUCAUGCGUCGGAUUCGAAUCCUGCACUCAUUCUCGGUUGUGUUUCUCUACUGGUUCUACGUUUUCUCAUGAAGUAAUUCUCUGUUUUCAUAAUCUUUUGACCUCAUUUUGCAAAUCUAACAUUAUUAAUUCAUCUCUCCGAAAAUUUGAAAAAUCCCAAUCCUUGUUGAUUCUGAUAAGCAAUCCUGCUUAAACAUUUGUUAAAUCAACAAGGAAAUAGCUUAUCUUGUUGAUUUUAUCGGAAAACUAGAAAGGAAAAAUAGUUUAGAAAUGGCGUCUGUGCAGCGGCAAGCGAGUUCGGGAUCUGAGACUACUGACCCGCGAUAUGCGUCGAUCGUGGAUGAAAGGAAGAGGAAGAGGAUGAUAUCCAACCGGGAAUCAGCCAGGCGGUCGAGGAUGAGGAAGCAGAAGCAGAUGGAGGAUCUGAUUCAUGAGGCGAGCGUCCUGCAAAGCGAUAACAGAAGAAUCAUGGAGAAGAUUAACGCCACCACCCAACGUUACAUCAACAUGGAAUCGCAGAACAAUGUACUGCGAGCUCAAGCCAUGGAACUAACUGACAGGCUAAGGUCUUUGAACUCUGUUCUUCAGAUGGUGGAGGAUGUUAGUGGUCUUGCUCUGGACAUUCCUGAGAUACCCGAUCCUCUGCUUGAGCCAUGGCAGCUUCCUUGCCCCGUGCAGCCAAUCAUAGCUUCUGCUGAUAUGUUCCAGUGCUGAUGUUAAUCUCCUCGUCUUGGAAGUAAAAGGGAGUGUUUCUGGGUCAUUUCGUGUUCCUUUAGGUUUUCUGUUGUGCCUUUAUUUUGAAGUAACCGAGUCUAAAUGAGGUCAAAAUCGGUGUCUUUGACCAGGAAUUGCUGAUUAUGUAAUGUGUUAGGUUUAAUCAAGUUCUAUUUCAUUAUGGGAUGCUUUUUGUUGAUAAUUAUAGCAUGGGUUGCUUCUGAAUAUUCGAUAUCUUUUGGUUUUUUAUUGAAUGUUUAUUAGCUGGGUAAGAACUAAAAAUUCAAACUGCACAUAUAUUUUGACCUUCUGGGUUCUAAUGUAUGUUGUUAUGCCGGGAUUUAGAAUACAACUGGAGGAAAAAUCGAAUGUUUGAGAACUCA